UCAACGUUCAACGUUCAAACGUUCACCUCCUAUGGCGGUUUUAUUCACCCGCUAAUCUCUUUGUCCAAGGUGCUCGUCGCUCGAUCUACACCCAAAUUCGGACUCUCUGUCAUUGCGCAAGACACUAUCGAUGCUGACACUACGAUUGUAUCUUGUCAAUUUUCACUGGCCAUCGACGUGGAGUGUGCUCUGUAUGCUCUGACAGUACUAUUUGGCGAAUCAUCUCUUGUUGACCUGCAGUCGUGGUCAAAAAGGCAGCUAAUUUGCACUUACAUAUGCUUACACUGGGUCUUCCCCAAUUCAAGCCCAAUUCCCGAUGUCCUUCGACAUCCUCCUUGCUUGGAAAGUCUUCCACCUGCGGACGCACUGCUAACGUCCCUUCGAUUCACACCAUCUGAACUCGAGACUUUCCGAGGAACUAACAUCUACUGCGCUACCCAUGAUCGUCAGGAAAGCUGGAGCACUGAGUGGAAUAAAUGUCGAACCUUUAUCCACCCCAUUAAUGCGGAUUGGGCUGAAAGAUACAUUUGUACGGAAGCAAGGGAUGACUCAGCCACUAUUUCCAUCAUUUCGCAUACCACGACACCUCUUGGCGAAGAAGUCUUCAACAACUAUGGGCUCAAAGCGAACGACGAGCUGAUCCUCGGAUAUGGGUUCUUGCUCCCACAAAACCCGGAUGACAAAAUUACGCCACAGCUAGGUGGGUCCUCUAACGAUCGGUCGUCUUGCAAGCGGUGCGGAAGGACUCUAGAAUGAAGUGAGGGGAUUGGUGGCUGAAACCCCGGACGAGAUAGGGUAUGAAGACAAUUUAGAAGCAGUACAGCUGUUGUUGGAAAUGGUUCAGAAGAAGUGCGAUUUACUUCCAGAUCUCCCGGACGAGAAUGACGCUGGCAUACGCCCGGCGGUGGAACUGAUGAUCAAACAUUACCUAGAAGGGCAACGUGACAUUCUUACUUCACUGAAGUUGCGCUUUAAGGAGAGACAAGAGGCCACGGUAGAGGCCACAAGAGACGAAGGCAUUAGAUUAGUAUUUGAUGAUGACUCAAUAUAGAGAACUUGAAAUCGCCUUUA